AUGAGCUCCAUGAGCUUGCGGAGUCUAGCUCCCGCAUCCAAGAUUUCCCGCGCCCUGAGGGACCAGAGACGUCUCUUCUCAUCGACAAAGCCAGCAGCCCGGGUUUUUGCGAACGGGCCGUUGCGCGCCAAAGAGGCUACUGGAUACAUCGCACAGAAGUACCCCAUCAUUGAUCACGAAUACGAUGCCGUAGUCGUCGGUGCUGGUGGUGCCGGUCUGCGUGCCGCCUUCGGUCUUGCGGAAGCCGGCUUCAACACAGCAUGUGUUUCCAAGCUUUUCCCUACAAGAAGUCAUACCGUUGCAGCUCAGGGAGGAAUUAAUGCUGCCCUUGGAAACAUGCACAAGGAUGACUGGAGAUGGCACAUGUACGAUACAGUGAAAGGAUCCGACUGGCUGGGUGACCAAGAUGCUAUUCAUUACAUGACAAAGGAGGCUCCUGCCAGUGUCCGUGAGCUUGAGGGUUAUGGAUGUCCAUUCUCCCGUACCGAGGACGGUCGUAUCUAUCAGCGUGCGUUCGGUGGUCAGUCCAAGGAAUUCGGCAAAGGUGGCCAAGCCUAUCGCUGCUGUGCUGUUGCAGAUCGUACCGGUCACGCCCUGCUCCACACCCUCUAUGGCCAGUCUCUUCGUCACAACACGAACUAUUUCAUUGAGUACUUCGCUCUUGACUUGCUCAUGGAGGAUGGUGUAUGCCGAGGUAUCAUUGCCUACAACCAGGAAGACGGCACGCUGCAUCGGUUCAAGGCCCACCAUACUGUUCUUGCUACAGGAGGAUACGGACGUGCAUACUUCAGCUGUACCUCUGCGCAUACCUGCACUGGCGAUGGCCAAGCUAUGGUUGCGCGUGCAGGUCUACCUCUCCAGGAUCUGGAGUUCGUUCAGUUCCAUCCUACCGGUAUCUACGGUGCUGGAUGUCUGAUUACCGAGGGAUCUCGUGGCGAGGGUGGCUACUUGCUUAACUCGGAGGGUGAGCGCUUCAUGGAGCGUUAUGCCCCUACCGCCAAGGAUCUUGCAUCCCGUGACGUUGUUUCUCGUUCCAUGACCUUGGAAAUCCGUGAGGGCCGCGGUGUGGGUCCAGAGAAAGACCACAUCUACCUGCAGCUCAGCCAUUUGCCUGCUAAGCUUUUGCAUGAGCGCCUGCCUGGUAUCUCCGAGACUGCUGCUAUCUUCGCUGGUGUCGACGUCACCAAGCAACCUAUUCCUGUGCUGCCCACUGUUCACUACAACAUGGGUGGUAUUCCUACUAAGUACACCGGUGAAGUUUUGACACAGGAUGCGCAGGGCAAUGACCAGGUUGUGCCGGGUCUGUGGGCUUGCGGUGAAGCUGCCUGCGUCUCUGUCCAUGGCGCUAACCGCCUUGGUGCCAACUCCCUUCUUGACUUGGUUGUCUUCGGUCGCGCCGUUUCCCACAAGAUCCAGGAGACCACCACCCCCGGAAAGCCGCAUAAGGAACUUAGCCCUGACGCUGGUGCUCAGACCAUCAAGGAUAUUGAUCACGUCCGCACUGCAGAAGGCCCUAAGUCGACAUUCGAGAUCCGCAAUGCCAUGCAAAGGGCUAUGCAGACCGAUGUUAGCGUCUUCCGUACGCAAUCUAGCUUGGAUGAUGGUGUCAAGAAGGUCACUGCCAUUGAUCAAACAUACAGCCAAGUUGGCACCAAGGACCGUGGCAUGAUCUGGAACACUGACUUGACCGAGACUCUGGAACUUCGUAACCUGUUGACUUGCGCAUCCCAAACUGCUGUCGCAGCCGCUAACCGCAAGGAGUCCCGCGGUGCCCAUGCCCGUGAAGAUUACCCUGAACGUGAUGAUGAGAACUGGAUGAAGCACACCCUUACCUGGCAGAAGACUCCUCAUGGCCCGGUUGAGGUGAAAUACCGCCACGUCCAAUCUCACACUUUGGAUGAGAAGGAAUGCCCGUCAGUUCCUCCAUUCAAGCGUGUGUACUAA